AUGUCUCAAAAAGCUAUAUGUCAUAGGUUAGGAAGUCGUGUUAUUGAAGAAGCACAGUUAGUUGCCGAACAAAAGUGGAUUGUAGAAGCUCUUGCUAAGAUAAGAAACCAACGAAAUUGUCUUCAGAUAGAAAGACUUCACUUAGAGAGUUUGAAAGCACAACUCAAAGGAGACACAAAGAAUAUAGAUGAAACAAAAAAGAUUAAAGAGAAAAUUGAAGACAUGCCAACGACUUCUGCAGUCAAUUUAAUGCAGAGUGUGCCCAAGAAUGCAGAACACAAUAAUGGUCCCGGACUCGGUGUGACGGAUGAAGAGAUCAUGUGUAAUGAGCAAGAACUAGAUCUGAUGAUAUCUGACUGUAUAUUUGGAAGUAAUCAAGACAGUUUAGAGGAGGACGAAGAUGAGGAUGACAUCAUGAUAGACAUGAAUAUGUUGAUGAAUGGGGAUGCUAAAUGA